AAAGACGCCAAGCUCACCGGCUCUCGUGAUCGUUAUCGGGUCAAGCUUUGGGAAACGGUUUCCGGCAACCCCCAACGUAUAGACGUCCGUCCGACCGCCGCCCUCUAAAGCCACGUCGGGCGAUCGGGGUCGAAAAUAUCAGCGAGGAGAGAGAUGGCCAAGGGGCGGAGGUAUGGCGCGGACCGGCUCCUCGGGACGUACAGCUACGGCGGCCAGGGUCACGUGACCGGUGCCGCCGAUCUUCCGGACCUCGAGGAGGAGGACGUCUGGUCGGUGGCGGCCGACGACUACGAAGACGGGGAGGCCUGGACGCGGGCCCACCGGGACCGGUCCGACCGGCGGUGGGUUGCCGGGGAGGACCACCGCCAGGUGGGGGGGCUCUCUCUGGCCUUCGAGGAGGGUUACAAGGCCCGGCCCACGGUGGUGCACCAGUACCGGAACGUGGACGCCGCGGCGGCGCCGCCGCGCAGGCAGCACCACCACCACUCGGCUGCUGCGUCGGCGCCGGUGAACGUGCCGGAGUGGCCCCGAUUCCUCCGUGUGGACUCGGGCGAGUCGGUGCACGCGGCGGGCGAGGAGGGGGCGGACCGGGACGACGGGGAGUGGGUCCCGCCGCACGAGUACCUGGCGAGGGAGCACGGGAAGAUUGUGGCGACGUCGGUGUUCGAGGGAGUUGGCCGGACGCUGAAGGGCCGGGACAUGAGCCGGGUCCGGGACGCGGUCUGGAGCAGGACCGGCUUCUUUGGUUGAAAAAAAAUUCUGAACCGGAUUCAAAAUUCUUCAUUGCUUCAAAAAUCAUCGAUCCCCAAAAAAGUUCUUCGUCCAUUUGUAUAGCUUGUGAUUUUGGCCUUGUGGACCUUGGAAGCAAAAUCUUCUAGCCUUUAAGCUUGAGUAUAAGAAUUCUAUGGUUGCUCCUUAACCUUCUUCAAGUGUUCGUCCUUCAUUAAAAAAUAAAAACCUAUUCUUGUUGUACUUAAAA